UUAGUUCAGCGUCAUUUUUCUUCUUUCUCGUUCUCCAUCUCUAUCUCUAUUACAUGAAACAGCCAACUCAGAACCGACAAAGAGCAUCUAGGCAAUCUCCAAUUUGGAUUUCAAAAUGGAUCUUAAGAAGAAUGUAUCCACCGAUAUGUGGGCAAAGUCUACUUCCUCUGGAAAUGAAUUGCCCAAAAAACUCCCCCCAGAUCACCAAUCUUUCACCAAUUUAAAUUUGCAGCAGUGUCAGCAAAAGUGGGAAGAAGACUCCUCACUUCUUGAAUAUGGCAUGAGGAUUGAACAGCAAUUCCCUGAAUUCACCCGCCCUUCUGAAAAUCCAAUUAUUUGCAAUAACCAAACAAAUAUCCCAGGUCAACAAGAUGAUCAAAUGAAUACUAGUGACCCAAGGAGAACCCAAGAGUGGGAUCCAAGAGUGAUGCUAAACAGUCUUUCUUUCCUGGAGCAGAAGAUCCAUCAACUCCAGGAUUUGGUGCAUUUGAUUGUUGGCAGGAGGGGACAAGUAGUAGGCCGUUCAGAUGAACUUGUUGCUCAGCAGCAACAGCUCGUUACUGCUGAUCUCACUUCUAUUAUAGUCCAGUUGAUCUCCACUGCAGGCAGUCUUCUCCCAUCAGUCAAGCAUAGCCUUUCCACAGCGAGUCCAACUGUUGGCAAGCUUGGGCACCUAGGUGAUGUCAUAUUUCCUUCGGGACCUGGUUUGAAUAGCGGAGUGCUGCCACAUAGUAAUGGUGUACACAAGGUAGAAGAAGAUCAGCCCAACCAGGUUGAUCUAACAGGCAAUAGUGGACCUGAACAAAACUAUAAUUUUGAGGAACAUGAAUCAAAAGACGAAGAAGAUGGUGAUGAAGGAGAGAACCUACCCCCGGGUUCCUAUGAAAUCUUGCAACUAGAAAAAGAGGAAAUUCUUGCUCCUCACACCCACUUUUGCACAAUAUGUGGAAAGGGAUUCAAGAGGGAUGCCAAUUUGCGGAUGCACAUGAGAGGUCAUGGGGAUGAGUACAAGACUCCGGCAGCACUCGCAAAGCCAAACAAGGAACCCAGCUCUGAGCCUGUGCUUAUUAAGCGUUAUUCCUGUCCUUAUGUUGGUUGCAAGCGGAAUAAAGAUCACAAGAAGUUUCAGCCCCUGAAGACUAUCUUAUGUGUGAAAAACCAUUAUAAGAGAACCCAUUGUGACAAAAGUUACAUUUGCAGUCGAUGCAACACCAAGAAGUUUUCAGUUAUUGCAGAUCUUAAAACACAUGAGAAGCAUUGUGGCCGAGAUAAGUGGCUUUGUUCAUGUGGAACAACCUUCUCAAGGAAGGACAAGCUUUUCGGACACAUUUCUCUUUUCCAGGGCCACACUCCUGCCAUUCCCCUAGACGAAACUAAAGGAUCAGCUGGAACCUCUGAUCAAGGAGAUAGUAAUGAAGGAACAAGUAAGGUUGGACAAAUAGGUUUCAGCUUUGGCUCAAAUGCUCGUAGUGGAAGUGAGGUUCAAAAUGCUACAUAUGUGAAAGGGGGUGUAGAUGACCCUACUGCUUACUUCAUGCCUUUAAACUUUGAUACAUGCAAUGUUACCGGGUUUAAUGAGUUCCCUCCACCACCUUUUGAAGACCCAGAGAAUUCACUAUCGUUCCUGAUUUCAGGGUCAUGCAAUUACCCUAGGAAGACUGGACAUGAGUCGGGUUUGUAGUGUUUCGCCUUUGGUUUGCAAUAGAGGUCCUUUGUUUCUUGCUUGCUUACAAUUCGUAGGAUGACUGUGUAUCUGUAAUAUCUUGGAGUUGAAUGAUUGUAUUUCGUAAAAGCAGUGCUGUUUUUGUGUAUGAUUGUGGUUUUAAGUCGGUGUUUUUUGGUUGUACUAGUCCAGCUUCCUCGUACCUGGGUUUUUUUUCCCUUGUGUAACGGAAAAUU